AUGGCUUCUACCGAAAGAAAAACAUACACUAUUGGGACGCGAAAGUCGCCGCUUGCUCUUGUCCAAACCGACCUCGUCCGUCGCGCCCUCCAAACCGCCUACCCAAAUUGCGACUUAAAAGUGCACGGUCAUGUCCCGACUCAGAUUCCAGACGCUUGCGUACUCGGUGCGAUGAUGCCACGCGAGAAUCCAAGAGAUGUGCUAGUUAUCAAGAAAGGCUUACCGUGGAUGACUCUGGCGGAACUCCCAGCUGGCUCAGUAGUUGGAACGUCCUCAGUACGCCGCACAGCUCAGCUUGCACGACAUUACCCCCAUCUAGUAGUCCAAGAUAUCAGAGGCAACAUCGACACCCGAUUAGCAAAACUGGAUGCAGAAGAUGGCCCGUUUACCUGUCUGAUAAUGGCUGCUGCAGGUUUGCUGAGAACCGGCCAUGAAAAUCGCGUCACGCAAUAUUUAGACUCUAAAAAUGGAAAGAUGCUGCAUGCCGUUGGGCAAGGUGCGUUGGGGAUUGAAGUUCGCACUGACGACGAAGUGAUGAAAGAUAUGGUAAAUAAAAUCGGGGACAUGCCGACGACCUAUGCAUGCAUGGCCGAAAGGAAUUUACUACGGACCGUUGAAGGUGGUUGCAGCGCUCCGCUUGGCGUUGAAACGGAGUGGAUUCAAGACGAUAAUGGAAAGAGUUUAUUGAGGCUGAGGGCGAUUGUGGUGAGCGUUGAUGGGAAGGAAGCUGUGGAGCUGGAAAAGGAUGGCGAUGUUGAAUCUAUUGAGGAAGCGGAAGCCUUUGGCAAACAAGUUGCGCUCGAGCUUAUUGACAAAGGGGCCGGAAAGAUAUUGGAAGAAAUUCAGCGCCAAAAGAGACAGUAA